AUGAUUUCAGAAAAAGAAGGAAUGCUGAAGGAAAAAGAAAAGGAACCAAAAGACAAUUAUAACAUUGUUUAUCUAAUUAUAAUGCUUCAUGGAAUCGGCAUAUUAAUUCCAUGGAAUACGUUUAUCACUAUCGCACCUUCCUACUUCGUUGGUUAUAAACUAUUAAUUACCGAUAGCGAUGGAGUGAAACACGAAACGAAAUAUUCAUUAAAUUUCUUUAGUUAUAUUGGAGUUUGUUCGCAGUUACCCAAUCUUCUGCUAAGCUUUCUCAAUAUAUUCGUUCAAAUAAAAGGAGGUCUUCAGCGAAGAAUUAUUGUUUCACUUAUUGUCAUCGGUACAUUAUACUACAAAAACAUUUUAGUGGUGGCGGCAUUUUUCUUCAUCACAAUAUUCACUGUCGUUUUGUUGAAUGCAGCGACUGGAAUGUAUCAGAAUUCAUUGUAUGGAAUUGUUGCUUCAUUUCCGCCACGUUUCACGAACGCAAUUGUUCUCGGCAAUAAUGUUUGUGGAUUGUUUAUUUCUAUUGUCAAUAUUAUAACACUCGUCGUUUCAAAUUCGAUUCAAAGCGCAGCGGUUGCAUAUUUUAAUAUUGCACUUUUCACCAUUAUUGCUUGUUUCAUAUCCUUCAUUACGCUUCCGAAAUUCAUAUGGAUGCAAUGUUUUAAUGUUUUCCUUGUAUUUUUUGUGACACUUAUCAUCUUUCCUGCAAUAAUGGCUGAUAUUCGACUUUGGAGAAAUGAUGGCGUUUAUGAUUUUUUCAUUCCUGAAUUCUUGUUCACACCUCUCACAACAUUCCUGCUUUUCAAUGUAUUGGCCAGCACUGGCUCAGCUUUUGCUAAUUUUGUACAAUGGCCUAGCCCAAGAUAUUUGGUGAUACCUGUUGUACUACGUUUACUCUUGGUACCUGCGAUGAUGUUUUGCAAUUAUCGUCCAAAUCUCCGAACUUGGCCAGUGCUUAUUACCAAUGAAUAUAUCUAUUUUGUGUUAGGGCUUGUCAUGUCAUUUACUUGCGGUUAUUUCAGUUCUUUGGCGAUGAUGUAUGCACCAAGACUGGUAGAAAAAUCGAAAGCGUCUAUCGCUGGGAUGAUGUCGGCAUUCUUCCUCGUAUUUGGUAUGUUACGCCAAAUUAUUUCAUUCAGAUACGAAAAAUUUAUCAUUUUUUUUGAUUAG